AUGCGCCCCCGGCAGCGCAGGACGGAGAGGGCUCUCCGCGCCUUUGCGCGCUCCUUCCUCUCCUCCCCGGCGCGUCCCAGCCAGGGCAGCGGGGGCGGCGAGGCCAAUGGCGGCGGGGGCGGCCUGGAGAAGGGCUACCCGCGCACCUCGGAGGACGACUCGGCCUCCCCGCAGGGCGGCGCCAGCGACCCGGAGCCCGGCGACGAGGACAAGCCCGGCCUGCAGGUGGACUGCGUGGUUUGCGGGGACAAGUCGAGCGGGAAGCACUACGGCGUCUUCACCUGCGAAGGCUGCAAGAGCUUCUUCAAGCGCAGCAUCCGCCGCAACCUCAGCUACACCUGCCGGUCGAACCGGGACUGCCAGAUCGACCAGCAUCACCGAAAUCAAUGCCAGUACUGCCGCCUGAAAAAGUGCUUCCGGGUUGGCAUGAGGAAAGAAGCUGUCCAGCGCGGCCGGAUCCCGCCCAGCCAUGCCAGCUCCAGCCCGAACCCCCUGCCUGGUGGGGGCGAGUACUACAACGGGCAGCCGGUCUCCGAACUCAUCGCCCAGCUGCUGCGGGCCGAGCCUUACCCCACGGCCCGCUUCAGCUCCCAGUACGCCCAGCAGCAGGGCAGCGUGAUGGGCAUCGACAACAUCUGUGAGCUGGCCGCCCGCCUCCUCUUCAGUACGGUGGAGUGGGCCCGCAACAUCCCCUUUUUCCCCGACCUCCCCGUCUCUGACCAGGUGGCCCUCCUGCGACUCAGCUGGAGCGAGCUCUUCGUCCUCAACGCCGCCCAGUCAGCCCUCCCGCUCCACAUGGCUCCCCUUUUGGCUGCCGCCGGCUUCCACGCCGCCCCCAUGUCUGCCGACCGCGUGGUCUCCUUCAUGGACCAGAUCCGCAUCUUCCAGGACCAGGUGGAGAAGCUCAACCGGCUGCAGGUGGACUCAGCCGAAUACAGCUGCCUCAAGGCCAUCGCCCUCUUCACGCCAGAUGCCUGCGGCCUCUCGGACCCUGCCCACGUGGAGAACCUGCAGGAGAAGGCACAGGUCGCGCUCACGGAGUACGUGCGCUCGCAGUACCCCUCCCAGCCGCAACGCUUCGGCAGACUCUUGUUGCGCCUGCCAGCCCUGCGGGCCGUCCCGGCCUCCCUGAUCUCUCAGCUCUUUUUUAUGCGGCUGGUGGGCAAGACCCCCAUCGAGACCCUCAUCCGGGACAUGCUGCUCUCGGGCAGCAGCUUCAACUGGCCUUAUGGGACGGGGCAGUGAGGAGACACACACCCCCGGACAUCCAUCACCUGAACCCCACCGCCCUAUCCCGGUCUCCCUCGGACCGAGGCCGGCAAGGCGGUGGUGCGCCUCCGGGAACACCACCCAGCCUCUAUGGGGUUGGGGCAAAAAUGAGCCAGAAAGGGGGUCCCCCCCACAACCAAGUGGGGAAAACCCUGCCUUCCUGAAAGAGACAAGACGUGGGAAAAGAUCUGGAUGGAGUCCCGUUCUUCGUCUUCGGGGAGACGUGGGAAAAACAACACAUGGAUGGUUUUGUUUUCCUUCUAGUUUUAAAAACUCAUUUCCCCUCUGUUGCAUUUCAAAACCAGAUCUCCCCAUCCUCUUCCUGGUUUAUAUAUAUAUAUAUAUAUAUUUGGGGAAGGGGGGGGAAGCCAUGCUUCCUUCUGGGAAGUUUGCACCCACACUUUGCAUGAUAGCGGGAGCGGCUUCCCAUGGCCCCAGGAGAGGACGAGCAUCACGGAAUCCGUCUCUGCCCCGAGAGUAUCUUCCCUGGGACCACAACGCACAUCAUUCUUCCUGGUCGUGGCUGAUGGGUGUCCGUCGGGGAAGAUCUGGCAGAGAAGAAAUGCGGGGGGGGUGGCGUGUUCCCUGGGGUUUUCUGCCCCCCCCUUCUGGAUCUCCUGCUUCCUCUUCCACCUCCCUGCUCUCCGUCCGGACCAGCCUUCCCGUCUUCGCCAAAAAAUUUUUUCCAUCCGAGCGUUUCCCAAUUGCAGGAGGGAUGCGGUGCAGGGAAAGCCACGUUUUGAGGUUCCAAAUCCACAGGUAUUCCAUGCUGUUUGGGAGGUGGGGGGGUGAGAAAUCUCCCGGUUCGGAGAGGGGACUCCGAAGCCAAUGGAGCCGGGAAGGUUUUUGAGUUCUCCCCUAACCCACGUGCACGUCCCGCCGGCAGGGAGAUCCAUUUCUCCUUGCCUCUUCUGGGGAAGACGCUCCUUUCCGAGCGCCUGGGCGCACAGAUGCCCAGAAAAAAAGUCCAAAUAUCACCUCUGUGGCUGGAAAGGGCCUUCAGCAAAACAGCUGCUAAUCAGGAACGGUGCCCCCAUGUUUGGUACCCAUGACAGCUAACUUGCCCGCAAGAGUGGGCUAUGCUGGGCAUCCCUAGAAGCCACCCCCAAUGGUCCUUUAACACACUCGCCUUCCCACCCACCCUCGAUUUGAUUUUUAAAAGCUUCCCUAAGCCAAGCGAAGAGAGAAAUUACAUUCCUGCACUUAAGAGAAAAAAAAUCUGGAAUCCAUUUUUUGGGGGGCCUGGCCGGAGGUUUCAACAUUGGGUGCCACGGAUGGGCUGACACAUGGCACUUCCCCCCCCCCAAACUGCCAUGAAAGCAGGUUCUGAGUACGAUCUAUAGUCUUUUGCAUCCAUGAUGGAGUCAUAUCUGCUCCCUCCAGACAAGUCACCCCCUCCUGCUUCCCGUUUGCAAACAGGCUAUGCAAAAUGGUUUGAAUGCAUGCCGUCGAAAUGUAUUCGUUCAUUCACAGCGGCCACUGUGGGCUUGUGUAGCAGUGGUUUGGACAAAAAAAAACGGCGACUGUUUGCCAUUUUGGGUCUCUUUUUUUCCCCGCCCUCUGUGUUCCUGCGUUUGCUGACUGCGUUGCAAGUUUCCUUGUCUGCGUGCAUCACGGUUCUUCCAAAAGAGCCAAGGAGAGAUUUGCCCUUUCAGCCCAUUUCACAGAUGCAGGAAAACAAGUCCCAGAUCCACUUUUGCCUAAAAAACUCUCUCCCCCUGCCCUCCAGUUGGGAGUCCAGGAGAGCAGCUGGACUCAAAACUCAGGUCUCCCAGGUCCAAAGUUUAAAAAAAAAAUAUCUAUGCAAACCUCCCUUUUCUCUGCACCAAGAAACACUCAAAAAGAAUGAUCUGCUUUGGAAAUAAAACUGCUCUUCCCGCCA